AUGACCAUGAUGGACGGCGAUGACAUGCAGAGACUCUGGUCUCUCAUCGAGGACCUCACAAACCAGCUACAGGCGAAUCGGCAGCUCUGCGAAUCUUUGCAACAGCAGGCUGAUCAGCUACGUGGUCAAGCAAUCCACUCGGGCACCGGCUUUGCGCUACGCAGAUUCAACAUCGACCUUUCCAAGGAAAAGUUCGAGUCCGAGCUCGAGGCACUCAAUGCACAUCUCGUCAAAGAGAACCUCGGUCUCUCUCACGAGAACAAGCAGCAGGCCGUGCUUCUCCGAGAAUACGAGAAUACGCUCGAGACCGUCAUGGCCAAGUUCCGCAGCUUCUCUCACUCCACACAGCAGCACACCUUGCAACUUACGCAGCACUAUGAAUUGCUCCUCGCGCAGACCACACAUAACGCGGCAGAACAGACGCUCGCCGCAGAGACAGCCUUCAGCGGCACUCUCUCGCAUCUCGGUGGCCUGGUCAGGAGGGCCAUGCAGUCAUUGGACGGCGAGGCCAGCGACGAAUCCGAGGCUGAAGGGCACGACGGUGCUGCACCACAACGGACGAAGCGCGGCUGGGUGCAAGAUCCAAAAUGGUACGGAUCGGGUGGGUAUACUGGCAAGACGACGGAUCCGAUCGCAUUGCGAGCAGAAGAAGCGCUCGAGGUUCUUACCGAGGAAGAAAGGCUCCGCAUGGAGAACGACACCCUGCGCGAAUUACUCGGUCUCAAGGAGAAGAGCGACGCCUUGAUCUCCUCAGCGGCGGGGGUCAUCGAUGCAUCCCAACCUGGCUCGACAGAUAUUUCUGCACCCAAACCCAUGUCGCCAGCAGAGCGGCGCGCAUCCCUCACCGUAGACGAAGCCGCCAUCGCAGCAGAGGCAAGCGGACAGCCACCCCUCAAGGCGCUCUUGAUAUCUUCCACAACCAGACCCGGCGAGGAGAACCUCGAGACCAAACCACUGUCACCUGCCCGCAUCUCACCCAGGAUUGUACCCACGCUGGAUCGCAAAGACCAGAUCAUCGAGGAAGCCAUCCUUGCAGACGACGAGAACGAAUCCGACCGCGGUCGCAAAGCAUCCGACUCGAGUCCAUCGAUGGCUGCUGACAUUGCAUCCUUCCGCAACGAGCCUUCGACACCUUCGGCCACCGCUUCCUUGCCUCUGGUCUUUGCAGUUGACGAUGCCGAGACCGCUCCCUCUUCCAUCGAGGAGCUGCGUGCUGCCGCGACGCAGUCAGAAGAAGCAUCUCAACUGCACGCUCAAGCGCCGAGUGCAUCCGGAAGCGGCGAUGUUGGUGCUACCUCAGACGCUGACGAGAUUACACCCAUCGACGAAGUAGCAGUCGCGCCACCAACAUCGGCAGAACCAAGUUCAAGCGCGGAACCAAAUCUACUAGCUGAAGCAGCGCCUCCAGCGCUAGUCUCGACGGGCAUCGAAGAAGGCGACGCCACAUCUUCCAAGACGACCGUCACCUCUGCGUCAGGCAUCGAUGUGACCGAAACCGCAACAGCAGCAGAGCCCGCUGGGACGUCCUCUCCUGUCAUCAGCAGCCCUGCUACAUCUUGUUCGUCCGAAACGUCGACCUCAUCCGACGGCACUAGUUUAUCCUCGAGCUCUGUUUCGGCGGAGGAAGCGGUCGUCAAGGAUUCAGAAAUCGCUAGCAAGCCAAAGGAUGCUGCUCCACCAGCAGAAAGCGCAGAAGGGGACUUCCAACCCAUUCCUGCCACCUCGGCAGCGAGCUCCGCCUCCGAUGCAGCCGAAAUCGAGUCGAAGGAAACCGUUAUCCCCGCUGAACCCGCCAAGGCGGACAACACCGCUGUCUCUCCCCCCGCCGCAGUCGACACCCAGCCCUCAGCUGAUCCGACUGAGCCCAAAGCAAACGCAAGCACACCCGCGGCGCUCCCCACCGCAGCGAGCGACGACAGCAAAGUUGCGCCGGUCAAGAACACACCCAGCACACCAGUCCAGACCACCAAUCAGCAGGGCAAGAAGGACGGCACGGCGUCUCCUAACAAAAAGGGAGGCAGGGGUCAUCGUGGCAAGGGGAAUCGACACAAGUCGCACUUCAACGCCUCGAAUAAGAACUCAUCGUGA